UAUCUUCUUCAUCCACAAAAAUAACCAUUAAGUGGCUAUAAUUAUCCCAAAAACUACCAAAAGCCAUGAAUCCUACGCGUUGCUUCGUUCUUGCCUUAACCGCAGUGCUGGCUACGAACGCUUAUGGUGCGGUUCUCGACAUCGACGGAAACAUCAUAUUCCGCGGUAGUUACUACGUUCUCCCAGUCAUCCGUGGCCGAGGCGGUGGCUUGACUCUAUCAGGCCGCGGUGGCGAGCUAUGUCCUCUCGAUAUCGUGCAGGAAUCUCAAGAAGUCGAUGAAGGCAAUCCGGUAAAAUUCUCAAACUGGAGGCCUAGAGUUGCGUUCGUUCCCGAAUCACAGGACCUCAACAUCAAAACAGACGUCGAAGCCACAAUCUGCUUCCAGUCAACAUACUGGCGGGUGGGUGAGUUCGACGAGGAGAGGAAGCAAUACUUCAUUGUGGCUGGUCUUAAACCAGAAGGGUUCGGACAAGAUUCUUCCAAGAGUUUCUUCAAGAUAGAGAAAUCUGGAGAUGAUGCGUAUAAGUUUGUGUUCUGUCCUAGCACUUGUGACUCUGACUGUCCAAAAUGCAGCGAUGUCGGGAUAUUUGUGGAUGAACUCGGCGUUCGGCGUUUGGCUUUAAGCGAUGAUCCGUUCUUGGUUAUGUUCAAGAAAGCUAACGUGACCGAAGUUUCGUCCAAGACUAUGUGAGAGAGGACAAGUCUCAAUCUUUACUUUGACUAAUAGUAUAAUACUUAUAAUAAAACCUCUCUGUUUUCUUGAAAACGAAUGAAAAAUCUUAUCUCUUGUCUGUAUUGUUCUAGUCAGUAGCUUGAUAUUCACGUCACAAUAUCAUCAUCACGAGAUAUGUAAUAAAAUUUCCUGGUCAACGA